UCAACAGAUUAUCCAGUCGGUUCUGGAUUUCUCCUCUCCUCUUUAUAAAUAUCCAACUGAUCAGACUUGUCAGACAGCGAAGAGCAAGCAAGCAAGCGACUCUGAAGCAACUUUCUCGCUGCCAACGAAACAUUUUUUCAGCUACUUCCUCGCCAACAAAACACUUCUCUUUUCUUGAUUCUUUUGCAAAAUCUUUAACAAUGUCACUCAUCCCAAGCUUCUUUGGCAACCGACGCAACAGCGUCUUUGAUCCCUUUUCCCUCGACGUAUGGGAUCCAUUCAGGGACUUUCCCUUUCCUUCUUCGUCUCUUUCUAGGGAAAAUUCCGCACUCGUGAACACUCGUGUGGAUUGGAAGGAGACGCCGGAGGCGCACGUAUUCAGAGCUGAUCUCCCGGGGAUGAAAAAAGAAGAAGUGAAAGUUCAAAUCGAGGACAAUAGCGUGCUGCAGAUCACCGGUGAAAGGCACGUGGAGAAGGAGGACAAGAACGACACUUGGCACCGCGUUGAGCGCAGCAGCGGCAAGUUCUCGAGGAGGUUCAGGUUGCCGGAGAACGUGAAGAUGGACCAGGUGAAGGCUUCUAUGGAGAAUGGAGUGCUAACUGUGACGGUACCGAAAGCGGAGGUGAAGAAACCUGAUGUUAAGGCUGUUGAGAUUUCCGGCUGAGUGUUUCAAUUUCACGAAAGACUUUGAUGAUAUUUCUCUAUGUACGAGCGUUGAUGUGUAUGGAAAGUGAGUAAACUUUGUGUUUUGUAUGUGAAGCGUUUGAUGAAAUGUCAGUGCGUCUGAUAUGAGUUUGUGAUGUUGUAAUGCUAACGUACAUAAUAUCCAAUAAUAAUACUUUCUAUUGCAAA